CAAUCCCUUUUCAUAAUCCUUUUUCCAAAUAUACACUCUUGUGCGUAUUUACUACUUUCAACGAAUGCGCAUAGAAAAGUGUUGCCAAUGAACUACGCAAGGUGUAUUGAAAUAGGCCAUCAUGCAAACUCAGGUGGAUUUGUUCUUCAAGGCCCAUAAUUUACUUGACUUAGAUAUCCGUAGCAAAUCUGAUCCUCAAGUCUGGGUCUAUGUACCUGCCCCCAGCACAGAACAUUGUGGGAAAUAUGGUCGUCUCAUUGGUAAAACGGAAGUGGUUCGCGAUAAUCUGGACCCAAUCUUCACCACAGCUAUCACGGCGAACUUUGUCUUCGAGUCACAUCAGGAGAUAACAUUUCUGGUUUUGGAUAUAGACAAACCUGAUGGAAAUUUGGAACAGCAAGAUAUUAUUGGUUUGGCAACCUGUACCUUAGGCCAAAUUGUCGGCUGCAAAGGUGAGGCCUUUCAAAUAAAUUUGAAGACGCCGAAGAAGAAGAAAAAGGCUGGAACCUUGAGUAUUUCUGCCGAAGAAGUGGUACAGAACAACGAUAUAGUGGCCUUCCAAUUAGCCGCAAGAAAUUUAAAUAUAAAGGAUGGGCUUUUCACUAAAUCCCAAACAUUUCUUCGAAUAUCGCGACAAAGGAAAGAUGGUCAAUACGAUGCCGUGCAUAGAACAGGAGUGGUCAAAAACACAGCCAAUCCCAUAUGGCCGGAGUUUGAAGUGUCAUACCAGACGCUGGUAAACGGCGACGAGCAGAGGAUACUUUUGAUCGAGUGCAUUGAUCUGAGCAAGGACGGAACCGAGAAGCUGCUUGGAGCUGCACUGGCGACGAUCAAGAUACUAAAAGAGGUUAAACAUGUGGCUUUAAUGAACGAGAAAAAGAAGAAGAAAAAAGACUUUGGAAUGUUGAUAUGUGACAUGUGCGAGAUUCGCUCACCAUUCACCUUCCUAGAGUAUUUGCGAGGCGGCAUGGAAUUAGAACUUAUGAUAGCAAUAGACUUCACAGCCAUCAAUGGGCUUCCUACGGAUAAGAAUAGUCUUCACUACUGCGGAGGGAAAUUACUAAACGAGUACAUCCAGGCUACCAUCUCCGUUGGUCAGAUAUUGGCCUGUUACGAUUCCAACCAGCUCUUCCCCGCCUACGGAUUUGGAGCCAGGCCGUCUCCAGAGCAAGCGGUGAGUCACUGCUUCCCACUCAAUGGCAACCCACAAAAUGCCCAGUGCCACGGUAUAAGUGGGGUGUUGGCUCAGUACAGACACGCCCAGCAAACAGUCGGAUUCUCAGGCCCCUCUCAGCUGGUCCAGGUCGUUCAACAGGCCAGCACUUAUAGUGAGGGAUGCACCUCGGCGGAGCAGAAGUACACCGUGCUGUUGAUUCUGACCAACGGUGUGGUCGACGAUCUCCAGAAUACCAUCGAUCAGAUUGUGGAAUGCUCUACAAAGGCCAUGUCGAUAGUCAUCGUUGGUGUGGGUAGCUGCGACUUCAGUGUAAUGGAGAAACUCGACGCCGACACAGAAGCACUAAUUGACACGAAGGGAUGCAAAAUGAGCCGCGAUAUGGUACAAUUCGUACCGUACCGUACAUUCCGUAACAAUCCUACCGAGCUUGCAGGAGCCGCCCUCAAGGAAUUACCAGACCAGGUCACUCAGUACAUGGCCAUGAGACAGAUCAGGCCUAAUCCAUCCCCGCAGCGUACAGCGCAUCCACAAGCACAACGUGAGGGCAACCUUGUAAAAGGCUCGUCCAUCGCAGCCAGUCCUGCAUCGGAUCUAUCCAUUCCUGGGACAUCGCUCGAGCGCGAACAUGCACAGUCCGCUUACAUACCUAGCGUAUCGGUAUAUGCUGGAUCGCCGAGUGCCAGCAGUUCCAUUUCAAAUACACAGAUAGCCCCCAAGAGUAUUCUCAAGAAGACCCACUCUCAGCAAAGUUCUCAAUCAAACGCGCAGGCUUGUACAACCUUCGCCGAGUCCUCGCCGCGAAUUGGCAAUCAGUCGGCAGCCGUAGGUCACAAUGGAGCCACUCGUAGCCCAUCGGGUAGCUUUCACGCGACGCCCUCGGCACCGGUUGGAAUCCUGAAGUCACCGUCCGUUCAGUUUAGUAGAGAACGUGCUAGUCAGAAUGGUGGCAGCAUACGAUCUUCCUCUUCUUCGAUUCUGCAAUCAAAACAUUCUGGCGGUUCCAAUACAUCGUCGUUGUCCGCGCAGGUCUCCAACAGAAUCCUGCGUUCUCCCAGUGGAGGGCUUUCAGCCACAAAUGGCGGAGGAGGGCAGGUCAUCUCGCCCUGCGGAACGGUUAGUUCAAGUAAUAACAAUAUGAAUGGGAGUCAAACAAUACAGCCUCGCUCCGCGCGCACGCCCGCUACUGGAUUGAUCAAUCCUACGUCGGCCCCUGGUUUGCAGAUGCGACCUGGGUCACUCAGAUCAACGCAGUCGCAACAGAUGGCCAGAUCACCACAACAACAUCCUCAGCACAUGCAGCAGCAGAGACAUCUGCAAUCCGGGAUGUCACAGCCUAACGUGGGGUACGCUAAUGCACCAAUGUACAUAAACGGCAACCAUACGAAUCAUGGUUUUUACGGGCCGGUGAGCCAGAAUAACGGACCGAGUCCUAUGAGAUCACCCUCGGGUGGUUUUAAUAACCAGAACAUAAUGAUGUCAUCAAACUCACAAACAUUUCCUGUCCAAAUGGGUGAUACACAACUGAAUUCGGGCCAUCACAUGCAGCAAUCCAGCCAACGAUCCCCUGCCAAGAAAGUCACAGUGCGUCAGGGACGAUAAAUUCACACCAUUUAGGUAUUACU